AUGGCGUCCAAUGGCAAGCGCCUCGAGACCAAGCCCGCCCAGAGGAAGCGCCGAGCCCACCACAAGUCUCGGCUCGGAUGUGCCAACUGUAAACUGAGGAGCGUCAAGUGCGAUGAAGCGCGGCCAUGUUGCUCCGGUUGCAGUAUGCUGGGUGUCCGCUGCGUGUACGGAGCCAAGGUCACAGCUGAGACCUUGUACGCAGGCAUGUGCUUCUCGGUUGGGUCACUGCCGUCCCCGUCCCCGUCCCCUCCACGGUCACCACCGGCCCCGCUGCCUUUGGUCGCGUCAACUCGGCCGUCCGAGGUCUUCCAGCUGGCCCCGGUGGACAUGGAGCUCCUCGAGAAGUUCCAGUACCGCACGGUCAGGACCCUCGGCUCGUGCGAGACUAGCCAAGAAUAUGCAGACCAAACGCUUCCUCUUGCCUUCUCUAACUCGGUCGUCAUGCAUGCAGUCUUGGCCUACUCUCGAUUUCAUGAAAUCCUGACAAGCGAAACGCCCAUGGCCAAGACCGCAAGAGACACCUACCACUGGCACAGAGCACUUGUACUAUUAAAUGACAGGUUAUCCAAGCCUCUGGUCCCCUCAGAAAGGGACGCUCUUUGGAUGGCGUCGGCCCUCAUCACAUUGGGCUCGGUCGCAUCUACCGAUGCGCAGACUCCGUCCCAGGCAUGGCCUCUGCGGCCCACAUCAGUCAUGGAUCUCGCAUGGAUGAAGAUAUGUACAGGCAAGCAGGUGGUGUUCGACAUGACGGACCCGGCGCGGGAGGGCGGUCCCUUCCGCGAAUCAGCCCUGGAGAUGACCAAGGUCAUCACCCACAUGCGCGAGGUGGCGUCGAGACCCUUCGACCCUAGGAGUUUGCCGACUGGCCUUUGCGAAGUAUUCGGGCUCGAUGGCACGCCUACAGACAGUCCUUAUUAUCCAGUAGUAGCUGGACUGGCCGACCUCUUCCAGCAGGAUAUCGACGGCAGGCGCAACAUGUCCCAGACCUCUCUCGUCCCCACGAUCCUUCUUGUUCUUCUAAGCAUGCACAUCCGACACGUAUAUAACCGCUACAAUUCCGUUUCCUACAUCGCCAUAACCACGCGACUGCUAUCGACAUCAUCUCAACACAACAUGCCUCCUGCUAACCCGACCAUCGUCUUCGCACAGGGAGCUUGGCACACCUCCGGGUGCUUCGACCCGACUCGCCAUGUGCUCGAGUCCCGGGGCUACCCGGUCGAAACCAUCGACUACCCCUCCGUUGGUGCCGAGCCGCCUACAAAGACCGCUGAUGACGACUCGGCGGCUGUGCGGGAAUUGAUUCAGCGCCUUGUUGGCCAAGGCAAAUCAGUCGUGAUUGUCGCUCAUUCUUACGGUUCAGUCGUCGCCUCCAAUGCCAUCGAGGGGCUGGGCUAUAAGUCUCGAGCACAGGAAGGGAAGUCCGGGGGUGUGAUCACUGUCAUCUACCUCUCGGGUUGUGUGCUCACACUGGGUAUGAGCAUCUACAAGUUGAUGGGCGAGCAGGACCCUCCAUGGAUGAGGCGUGAGGGCGAGUAUGUCUACGUAGACACUCCGAUUGAGCUAUUCUACCAUGACCUGGAGCCCAAAGCUCAGCAAAAGGCCGUUGCCGCCUUGAAACACCAGUCUGGUCCUUGCCAUGCCGGUCUCGCCAAAUACGAGCCCUGGAAGGAUGGCGUCGAGUGCAUGGUCGUCUACUGUGACGAGGACAAGUCCGUUCCACCGGAGUUGCAGAAGAUGCUGUCCGAGGCGGCACUGGGCCCUGAUGUGAAGAGCGUUCACAUCAAGUCUUCUCAUUCCCCGUUCCUUUCGAAGCCCGGGGAAAUGUCAGACGCGGUGGAGUUUGCGGCCAAGCUUGGCCUAGAGAAGACAGGGCAGAUAUGA